AGUGAGAGAGAGAGUGUGUGAGAGAGUGAGAGAGAGAGAGAGAGAGAGGGAUAGCGUGCGUGUCCAAGAGAGAAAAAUGUAAGAUACGUUAAUACACGAUCGGAAUCAAGUGUCGUAGCUAACUUCGCGCGAGGCAUAGGCGAAGGACGUUUCGCACGGAAGGAAACAACAGGAAACACGAGACUCGUUUCUAGGUUCUUUCUGAAAGAAAAAUUGGCGGAAGAGUCGUUGAAUCAUGCGACGUAGGAUCGGUGGACGAACGCUCGAUCGAUAAAUACGCGGCCGAUUCGUAUCGAAGAGUCGGUUACCUAAAAGGAUCUUGCAUCAAAAAUGCAUCGUUUCCGACUAUUUCGAGGUUAUACGAGUCUUCGACGUGUUUCUUUGCCUCCUUCUCGGGGAAUGGCGAAAGAAAUCACCGUCGAUACGAAAUACGAGCUGUAUCGAUUAGAGAGCGGACCGUCGACGAAGGCGACGAUAACCGAAGAGGAAGCAAUUCACGCGCUGAAAACGAUGAACUAUAUCAGGCGGAUGGAAAGCAAAUGCGCGGAAUUGUAUAGAACGCGGAUGAUUAAUGGUUUCCUCCAUUUGUAUUCAGGUCAGGAGGCGGUAGCUGUGGGGAUGACGAUGGCGAUGAAAGAAUCCGAUAGCCUGAUAACGGCUUACAGAUGUCACGGAUUCGGGAUAUGUUUCGGUCUGUCGGCGCGACAAGUUCUCGCGGAAUUGAUGGGUCGACGAACCGGUGCUUCGCAAGGCAAAGGUGGUUCGAUGCACAUGUACGCGCCAAGAUUCUACGGCGGAGAUGGGAUCGUCGGCGGCCAGGUGCCGAUCGGCGUCGGAUUAGCGUUCGCGCACAAAUACAAAGGCAGCGGAGGAGUCGCGUGGGUGCUCUACGGCGAUGGCGCCGCGUCCCAGGGUCAAAUCUACGAGGCGUACAACAUGUCGAAACUCUGGAACCUGCCGGUGGUCUACAUUUGUGAGAACAACCAGUACGCGAUGGGAACAGCGGCGCACCGGCACUCGGCGAACACGGCAUUUUACACGAGGGGAGAUUUGAUUCCAGGCGUAAAGGUGGACGGGAUGCAUAUACUCGAUGUACACGAAGCGGUGAAAUUCGCCGGAGACUACGCCCUUCGAAACGGUCCGAUCAUUCUGGAAAUGGACACGUAUCGAUACUUCGGACACAGCAUGAGCGACCCGGGGAUCUCUUACCGCAGCAGAGACGAAGUCAAGCAGAUUCAGACAGAAGCGGAUCCUAUUACGAAUCUUCACAAGCUGAUCGUUCAAAACGGCUUGAAAACCCAAGAGGAGCUCGAAGAGAUGCGAAAGGCAACGUGGAAGCAAGUGGACCAAGAAUUGGAAGAGGCCAAAGCCGAUCCGCCGCCGGACCUGACGGAAAUCGGGACGCACGUAUAUUCGAAGCCAUUAGAGAAGUCGCGAGGCAAAGUCCCGUGGCAAACUCAUUGAUACUCGAUGGUUCGUCGAGGCAGAAUUAUUCGUUUAAUAAAUCUUUUCUCGACUGCAA